AUGACAUUGGUGGCUACCACAUGCCAGCUGGGUCUGUCGUCGGCUUCAACCCUUGGGUUGUUCAUCGUAGCAAGGAAGAGUAUGGCCGAGAUGUUUACGCGUUUCGGCCUUAGAGGUGGCGCAAAGGGGACAAUGGCGACAUGCGUAAGUUUCCCUGACGAGUUCUGUCUCCAAUAUUCGACCAAACUCUUCAUAGAACAUUUCUUCUUUGCCUUUGGAUCCCGAACUCGAGUGUGCCUUGGUCGAAGUAGGUCUCGCAAGCAUCGAGUUCAAAGGUUCUGCUAA